AUGGAAUUGAAGGCUGAGGAGGAGGAGGUGGGUGGUGUCCAGCCGGUGAGCAUCCAGGCCUUCGCCAGCAGCUCCACACUGCACGGCCUGGCCCACAUCUUCUCCUAUGAGCGGCUGUCUCUGAAGCGGGCGCUCUGGGCCCUCUGCUUCCUGGGCUCACUGGCUGUGCUGCUGUGUGUGUGCACCGAGCGUGUGCAGUACUACUUCCACUACCACCACGUCACCAAGCUCGACGAGGUGGCUGCCUCCCAGCUCACCUUCCCUGCCGUCACGCUGUGCAACCUCAACGAGUUCCGAUUUAGCCAAGUCUCCAAGAAUGACCUGUACCACGCUGGGGAGCUGCUGGCCCUGCUCAACAACAGGUAUGAGAUACCAGACACACAGAUGGCAGAUGAAAAGCAGCUGGAGAUACUGCAAGACAAGGCCAACUUCCGAAGCUUCAAGCCCAAGCCCUUCAACAUGCGUGAGUUCUAUGACCGCGCGGGGCACGACAUUCGAGACAUGCUGCUCUCCUGCCACUUCCGGGGGGAGGUCUGCAGUGCCGAGGACUUCAAGGUGGUCUUCACACGGUAUGGAAAGUGCUACACGUUCAACUCUGGCCGAGAUGGGCGUCCGCGGCUGAAGACCAUGAAGGGUGGGACGGGCAAUGGGCUGGAGAUCAUGCUGGACAUUCAGCAGGACGAGUACCUGCCCGUGUGGGGGGAGACCGAUGAGACGUCCUUCGAAGCGGGCAUCAAAGUGCAGAUCCACAGUCAGGACGAACCUCCCUUCAUCGACCAGCUGGGCUUUGGCGUAGCCCCAGGGUUCCAGACCUUUGUGGCCUGCCAGGAGCAGCGGCUCAUCUAUCUGCCCCCGCCCUGGGGCACCUGCAAAGCUGUUACCAUGGACUUGGAUUUCUUCGACUCCUACAGCAUUACCGCCUGCCGCAUCGACUGUGAGACACGCUACCUGGUGGAGAACUGUAACUGCCGCAUGGUGCACAUGCCAGGGGAUGCCCCCUACUGCACUCCAGAGCAGUACAAGGAGUGUGCAGAUCCUGCUCUGGACUUCCUGGUGGAGAAGGACCAGGAGUACUGUGUGUGUGAAAUGCCUUGCAACUUAACCCGCUAUGGCAAGGAGCUGUCCAUGGUCAAGAUCCCCAGCAAAGCGUCAGCCAAGUACCUGGCCAAGAAGUUCAACAAGUCUGAGCAGUACAUAGGGGAGAACAUCCUGGUGCUGGACAUUUUCUUUGAAGUCCUCAACUAUGAGACCAUUGAGCAGAAGAAGGCCUAUGAGAUUGCAGGGCUCCUGGGUGACAUUGGAGGCCAGAUGGGGCUGUUCAUUGGGGCCAGCAUCCUUACUGUGCUGGAGCUCUUCGACUACGCCUAUGAGGUAAUAAAACACAAGCUGUGCAGACGAGGGAAGUGCCAGAAGGAGGCCAAACGGAGCAGUGCGGACAAGGGCGUGGCCCUCAGCCUGGAUGACGUCAAAAGACACAACCCGUGCGAGAGCCUCCGGGGCCAUCCUGCCGGGAUGACGUACGCUGCCAACAUCCUACCUCACCAUCCGGCCCGAGGCACUUUUGAGGACUUUACCUGCUGAGCUCCGCAGGCCACUGUACCAAAGGCCUAGAUGGGGAGGGCCAGGAGAGCAAGGGGGCCCCCAGCUGCCCCCCCAUAUCUGCCCUGGGGACUCGCUCCCCGCCUCCCAAGGCAGCCCCCCGCUCCUGGGAGGUCCUUUCCUCUUGACUGCGGUGAGGACAGAAUCUUGACCGUAGAGUUCUCUCCCUGCCUCUAUCCCAUUUUUUUUUUCUUUAAUUUUAACAAAACUAAUCUAAAACAGAAACUAAAGAGACAGAAUGGGGCAAGUGACCUCAGGCUGCCCCUCUCUGCUCCAUGCUGCCUCCCACAGCUCCCAGCCUGAAUUCUGUCUGUCUGGCUGUCUGUCAUCUGAGUGUCCACCUACAUUUUGCUGCCACCAGUCACCAAAGCCCCCUCCCAGUGGGGGGUGGAGGGGAAUCCUCGGGGUCUGGAAUGUGGCCCCAAACCAGAGAAUGUACCUUGAAGGGGAGGGCUAGUAGGGGGGGCUUCCCCAGCCUUAAGAGACCCUCUCAGCCCAGUGACCCCCGCCCCAACCCCAAGUCUCCAGGCAGGAACCCUAGUCGUGUCUGUUCCCCCACCACCAGCUCACACAGUGUGAAGUCUCUAGGGAGGUGGGGGUGGGGAUCCCCUGAAGGAAUGGCGCUGGGGACAAGAUGUGGCCCUGGUGCUGUAGGCCACAUCCUGAUACCUAUAAGUUCAACCCCACCCCAGAGCUGCUGGAGAGAAAUCCCAAGAGGCGGCCCUCCUCUGCCAUCCUAUAAAAGAUCCAACUGGUUGGCUUCCAGCUCAGGGAGAGGGGCACUGGUGCCUAACCUCACUGGUCCCUCUCCCAGGGGCCCCUGCAGAGGGCCACAUCCAUAAAUUUUCUUAUGGAACUCUCCCAAGUCCUCUUCUGAAAUGUCAUUUGCUUCUCUCAACAAUUUCAUCUGCAUUUUCUAUUUCUAUAUGAUACAGACUCUAUAUUGCUAUAUCUCUGUAUAUACUUCCCCCUGACUCUGUCUCUACUUCAUCCCCUCGUCUCUAAGAACCACCCUCCCAACACAAGUUGCCCUUCUGUGUUUCCACCCCCUCCCUGGUCUCUGAAUGCCUUCACCUGUAUAAAGAGUUGGACUCUCCCUGGUGUCUGUACUGUGUACACACAUCCCUCUAAGAAGCACAAGGAGAUGACACGCGCAUUGUAACCUUCGCACUGUCUCGGUGGCGACAUAAAGGAAGCUGUGAAUUACGAGCUCUGCCUCUUUCUGGCCUCACCCUCU